GUUGCCACAAGAGACAGGCAUGGUGGCUCGUGGAUAGAAACCUGCCACUCAGACUGCUGUUCACAACAAGGUCUGGAAGAAAUUCUUAGCACAGUUUACAGGGACGAGAGAGAUUUGGCAAAGGUGAGAGACAACAGGAGUAAUAUCUCGGUAACAAGAAUUUAAUGUGAAAAAUACAACCUCUGAAAGUCAUAGGUAAAUUGGUAGAAAAACUGUAGACAUAUAUCUUAGGAACGAAAUGUUUAGCCUAAUUUCUUGAGCUCUAGAAAUUGCUGGGUAAUAUUUGCUUCUUCAAACAGUUAUUUUACAGAAAAAAGUCACUGGGUGAAGCUCUGUAAUUUACUCAUGCUAAUAUGUUUGUUGUUGUUCUAGUCAUUCCUGGCAGUCAGUGAUGAGUUAUCUAUUAGUCCUGGGUUAUUUAUUCCUGAUAAUGAACAACUUGUUAGCUGGGAUGAAGGUAAGUUGUGUAAUUGAGUGGAAUAAAUUUAUUAGAAAUGUAUGAAGGUAGCAAUAGACUGGCAUUAUCAUUAAAUACUGGUCAACACAAGUAUUCACUUUUUAAUUUGACAUUUAGCUCUAGUACUUACAUUUUGUAAUUAUUUUGCCAGCCUAUUGAUAUUCCUUUAUAAUAUAUUUCUUGUAAAUAUAUUUAAAUGAGCCCCACAAGCAAUGACUGAUUGCCUCUUGCAACUACACCCAUCUAGAAUGACAAAAUACAGACAUGUUUUAUUACUUAUCUCAUGGCACUCGCUCCAAAGGAUGUCAGCCAUUUAUAUGCAUUUAUAGUGUGGUUGAGUUUGUUGAGGGAAAGUUUGUGCAUGACUAGUAUAACAUGUAAGUGGUGACGUUGUAUACAGGGUACUAGUAAUGUAAUGUAACUUGCAGUUGUAGUGGAUCCUACAGUAUAGUGCUUUGUGCAAGAUAGUUGUUGACACAGUAUUCAUGAACCAGUUUUCAUUGCAGAUUUAGCAGUAGUUUCUCAAAUCCAUUUUAUGCUGGGACAACAAUCUCCUUUUCCCAUAAAACAUUAUAGAAAAUUUUACCCAAAAUUACUGGAUCGGCUAGGGCUUCUUUUUGUUUACAACAUUUUCCCUGUAACUUCAGUGGCAGUGACUGAGAAUCCUCGUAGCCUGCAAAACAUAAUCUGGGUUGGAUUACACUGGUAUCAGUUUAACAAAGAGAUGAGACCGGGA